AUGCCGAUGGGAAGACCCAAGAAGAGGAAGAUAGCCUCCGAGAAUGAGGCCCAGGAGAGCAGUGCGAGUAGAACUUCGCCGUCGACUUUGGCGAUGAGUAUUGGAAGUGACACUGGUAGUGACAUGGGGAGAAGAGCGAGCUUUGAUCCGUGCCAACAUAUGUCUGAAGAUACACCGUUGGAUUUGAUACCUCUUGGAAACGAGACAAAUGUUGACCCGAAAUUAUUGGCAUUUGAAUCCGACCCAGGCCAACAGACUUGCGCCUGUCUCGCAAGCUUAUACUUGUCACUAGAAGAAGUUCGGAAAGCAGAUGAUUUGCCCUUCCCAGCACGGUUAUCCGUUCUGCGGCAUUUGACGACAACAGCAGCAGGGAUCAUACAGUGUCAGGUAUGUCCAACGAAGUUUCUAUGGGCAAUGCAGAAUGCUCAACUCCUCAACACGCUUAUUAUAUCUUUGGCGGAAGGAUAUAAAAAGAUCGUGAAGUCAGUUGAGGACGAAACGAAACGAGCCCAGGAUGCCAGGGAAUCAAAAGAACUAUACAUAAGCGAAGGCCAAAAGCUAGAGGCACCGUCGCAAAACGACGCGUUAGGAUUCUCGCUGAGUCUGGACCCUCGGGAUUGGAAAAGCAUCGCCAACAAAGCAAUCAAAUCCGAACUUUUUGGUACACCACAUUCGAGCUCCAUGUCUUUUGUGGCGAUGUUGCAGUUGAUGGAGGAUAGACAGAACUUAUGGCAUUCCGGAACGAGUCAUGUACCGCCGGGUAUAGGACAUCGGUUGGCACAUCAGAUGCAUGAUAAGGAUCCGCAUUCUCAGGCUGUUACCGAUGUUUCUGGUCUUCUUCCUCCUGAGCAUUGGGCUGAGGUAGCUGAGGAGUUGGGUGAUACGGAUUCUGCUCUGGGAGAUGAUACUGCCGAGUCGACGGCGUCCAUCACGUCAAGUAUUCUGCAGUAUAGGAAUAUCAAUGGGAGAACGUACCAUCGUGAUAUUGGAAACGCGCAAUACUGGGGGACCAAUGAUGAGAAGCAGAAUGAGUCGAUGGACAUCAAUCAUCAUGUUUUGACGCUGGUUUUGGACGGUGCGCUGUAUCUUGCGCCUAUUCCCAAAGAUAUCAAGAAUGCUAUCGAUAUCGGUACAGGGACAGGUAUCUGGGCUAUAGAUUUUGCGGAUAGCUUCCCAGACGCACAGGUUAUAGGUACUGACGUUUCGCCAAUCCAACCGGGCUGGAUACCUCCUAACCUGCGAUUCGAUAUUGAAGACUGCACUCAAGAGUGGACGUUCGCUCCCAACUCGCAAGACUACAUCCACUUUCGUUGGCUGGUCGGCAGCAUCGUCGACUGGGACCAGCUCUUCAAAGAAGCAUAUAGAUGUCUCAAGCCGGGUGGUUAUAUUGAAAGCCACGAAGCUCUCUCAAGAAUGGACUGCGAGGACGGGACUAUCACCGAGAAGAGUGCUAUGCACCAGUGGGGAAAGUUCUUUGUUGAAGGCGGGAAGAAGAUCGGCCGUUCGUUCACAAUCGUUGAGGAUGGAGUGCAGAGAUCUGCUAUGGAGAAGGCCGGGUUUGUUAAUCUUGUGGAACGGGAUUUCAAGGUGCCUAUCGGGGGUUGGCCGAAGGAUCCGAAGAUGAAAGAAAUUGGCAAGUAUGCACAAGCUACUCUUGAGCAGGAUAUCGAGGGUUAUGUGUUGUUCAUGGCCAACACAGUGGAGGGCUGGACGAAAGAGGAGGUUGAGGUGUACAUAUCGAUGCUGAGAAGGGAACUGAGGCAGGGAAACAUGCAUCCUUAUUAUUGGCAGAAGGUUGUCUGGGCCCAAAAGCCAAAAAAAGUAAGGCAAUUUAGUUAG